UCCAGUGCGCGUACCCAAACGCGCAUGCGUUACUCCACUUCAGAGGAAAGGGAACGCGCUGUAACAGAGAAAGCGUUCCAGUAAACCGCUAUAACUGCCUGCGGACUGCAUGCCACUGAGACCCACAGUAAACUACCCUGCGCGAUUCUUGUUUCCGUUACAUUGUUCAGAGGAGGGAUGAGCUUUGAUGCUAACGUCACAUCACUGCUCCUAUCCGUGUGUGCGCGCUGCGGGCUUCACCGCAUAUUCCUCGUUUUCCCACGCAGGGAUUGCCACCCAAAAGCAACGUGAACUUGGUUGCAACAUCAGUGUACAGUCCAACAGGCUCGCUCCACGGAUUAAACCUCAUCUGUCUGGGAGCGCUGCUGGUGCUGGUUGAAGCCCAGACUUUUUGCAUCUGUAACACGGAGGAUUUAAUCAUUGGCAAUGAAAGAAGGAAAAGGAUAACCUCAUGCACUGUGUAGACAUGAGAGGACCAAGGAGCACCUGAAGAUGUCCCAGAAGACAACCAAAACAUGGUGCCUUAGGCUUCUCCCAGUUCUCCUGUUCUUCAUCUCCUUUAUUACAUACUACUGCUCCUAUGCCAUACUUCAGAGUUACGGAGGCACCAGCAAGUCUCUGAACAGUAGCAAGUCGCUGUGUGGUGGCUGGCUAACCCAGAAGAAGUGGGAGAGCCUUAACUUUAACAUUAGCCGACAGACAAAGCUCUUUCUGAAACUGGAGGAUUUCUUCUGGCGGGAGCAUCUGUCUAAGCUGGCAUUACCUUAUGGCAUUAAGGGCAGUGAGCUGCUGCUGCUGAAAGUUCUUGCUGUAACUGCAAAUUACCAGGUGCCAACCAACAUUCAAAAACUUGAAUGCAGAACCUGUGCAGUAAUAGGCAAUGGCUUUGCCAUUAAGAACAGCUCAUUGGGAAGCACCAUCAACAAAUAUGACGUUGUUAUUCGGUUGAAUGAUGCCCCAGUGAAAGGCUAUGAGGAUGACGUGGGGAACAAAACCACCAUGAGGUUCUUCUACCCUGAGUCAGCCUCUUACAACCCUGGACAACACAACGAGCCCAGCACACUCAUGGUCCUGGUGCCUUUUAAGCAGCAAGAUCUACGGUGGCUUAAAGAGAUCCUUUAUAAUGAGAAGAGGGUCAGGAAAGGCUUUUGGAAGCCUCCUCCCCAAAUCUGGUUGGGUGACGUCAGCAAAAUCAGAGUGCUGGACCCCGUCUUUUUACACCAGACUGCAGACAGACUGCUCCGGAUCCCUCUCUAUCCCAAGAGUAAACAGCCAGUGCAUCCUACCACGGGUAUCCUUGCUGUGUUCGUCGCUCUCAACUACUGUGAUGUGGUCCAUGUUGCUGGGUUUGGAUACCCAAACUCAAGGAGCCAAAAGCAGCCUAUCCAUUACUAUGGAAAAGACAACAUGAUGUCUAUGAAAAAUUCCUACCAUGACCUCAAUCAAGAAGCAGAAGCCUUAAAAAGACUGGAGGAUUCAGGAGCCAUUCUUUACCUGCACUCACGCCCACAUUGAUGAUACACACACUUGAUCAGUCAAUUAAACCCAAAAAACUGGUUGAACAUCAAAUCCAAUUUCAGCUCUGUUUCGGGUCCCUUUGAUCCAGAUCAGAGCUGAGUGUGCCUUCUGCGUUGGGAUCCAAGACAUCUUGCUGGUGCGUUCAGUUACACUUUUUGACAUGAGUGGCACAGGUGUAGAUAUCAAGAAUGUCCUCACGAGCACCUUAAUAUUUCCUUAGAUUUGUCAAGUAGAAUGAGUUCUGGAAAUCUGGCUCGGCACUUUGGAUGACAUGAAAAAGUUUAUAACAACUUUAAAAGUUGCAGAAAGUGUAAUUACUAUUUAUGGUGAAACCAUGUGUCUGUCAUGAACCCUGUUCUGGAAAACAAGUCAUGAUAAACUUUGCUGGAUUUUGGAUCAUUUUAAUGCACAAAUGUUGCUUUUUGAGCCCAACAGAGGAUACAACUGCCACGUCUAAUGAAUGGAACAUUUCACAGCUCAGCUCUUUUUUUUUCACUACGUCCAGACAUUUCACGAAUAUCACUGAGCUGUAAACUUAAUCAACGUGGAUUAUUUCUUGCUGCAUACACAUCAACAUGAUGCACAUUUCUUUCUUUUUUUUAGUUCUAUCAAGCCAAAAUAUUCUUGCUGUUGAACAUAAAUCUGAUUCACGACUAAGAUGUAUGUCACAGGUCAUGGGGACUUUUUAAAAACUUCACUUUAAAUGUGCUUUUGUUGAAAUGGAAAUCACCUGAUCACAAUCCUGAUGUACACACUUAGCUGGAGAAACAUCACUUUACUUUUAUGAUUCCUGGACUGGAAAUACUUCUUGUAUUUUGCUCAUUUGUGUUGUUUUGUUUUGUUUUGUUUUUUAAUUUAUUUAAUCAUUUUUUUCUGAAACAAACAAUACUGGUAACUGGUACCACUGGAUAUUUUUUAAUGUACAGAAUUUGAAUACAUUUUUAAUUACGCUGAAUUUGAAUUGGUUCCAUUGGAGUUUUGUUAAAAGUCAUAUUUUUGCCAAUUUUUUCCUCUUAAUGAACAGGUUCAUGUACUCACAUAUAGACAUCAUUAUGCUUUAUUGAGUUAGAUGACCGUAACAAAUCUGCAUUAUGUUAAUUUUGCAUUUAUUUUGAUAUCACUGUCUUUCACCACUAGAUGGCAGAGAGCAUCUACAGCGUUCACUUCACACAGCAUAUACUUUACUGCACUGCACAUGGUGCAUUCAUGCAGCAGCCCAUCUUAAAGUGCCUGGGGUUAAUGUAACAGCACAUGUGCUAGGAACACAUGUACAGUGUGGACAUCUGGAAGACCAGAAAACUACACAACACUAAUUCACAUUGACUAACAUACAUUUGCCCCCAGAGACAGAUGUUAAUGAUGGUUUCUACUCACUGUACACUGCUAUAUAUUAGGUUGGUAUGAAUAGAGUUGUGUACUUAGCAUGUUUAAACUAGACUUAUUCGUGGUAAGAUGUUAGCAGAGACAGGGUUCAGAUCAUGAGCCGAGAUCUGAGUGAAAGGUGACUUUCGAUGAGCUGUCAAUCACAAGACUGGCAGUAAAGACUGUAAUACUUCUAAUUCAGCUACAAUUGCUAACUAAUUCAGUAAUAGCAGGAGCUUCCUUAAUGUGCCACAUUCAGCAAAAUCUGUGAAUUUUUUUCUAAAUCUCAAGUGAGUUACUCCAUACAGUGUUGAAUAUUUGAAUAGUGAUGCCAACCUUCUUCUCAAGGUCAGACUGUACAAGAAGUACCUUUGUAUGGUAAGAUAUGCUGGUCUUUGCUACUGUUAUAGAACCCAACUGCAAGUCUAUGACAGGAGGUUUUUUAACACUAACUUCUAAUCCUACCAUUCUACAUUAGCUCAGCUGUGUGUUCUGUACUGUUUAAAUCUGUGUGCUCUGCCUGCAUAGUGCUGAUACGAACGUUUGCAGCAGGGUAGAGACCACAAUCAAACGCCUACUCUCAUUUUCAGUUAACUAUAAUUGUCAGUUGUUGGUGCUAACUGAUUGUCUUGCCACUGAAACUCAAUCUGACAGACAACAAAACUUCCUUUUCAUCCAAUUUAAAGCUUAUCAUUUCAGCUCUGAGAGCCACCCAUUAUGUGUGGAGAGAGCAUUGUUUCGUACUGUAACACCAUCCCCUCUACCCCCUCCUCGUGCACUCAAAUAUAUUUUAAAAGCACCCUAAUACCGGUUCCACAUGUUUCUCCUCAGGUGUACCAACACCUUAAGCAUCUCACCUGUAUUGUGUCUUCAAAAUGUUCCACUAUUUAUUUUAGAGGAAGAGACGGACUGAUGGUAUGCGUUUGUUUUCCCAACAGAACAGGGGGAUUGGCAAAGAAAGCGUCCUUCCAUGUCAUACAUGACAGGCUGUGUUCACUUCCCUUACACAACAGGGAGUUACAUAAUUAAACAGGAUUUGUGUGAAUCUGCGGGCUGUUGAUAUGACAACUUGAAAUCAGGUCAGACUUUUCAGCUGAAGGUAUAAGCACACCUUUGAACCCCCAAGUCCUGAGUGGGCUUUAGUAUGCUACAUGAGCUAACACACAGCAUGUACAUACCAGUAUGUUAUCCCUGGCAAUGAUCACACGAGAUAGCAACUGAAUCCAAUAAGCCCACUUGAGCAUGUUAUCAUGACCAAAUGCGCCCAAAGCUGCACUAAACAAUAAGGUUCAUUUGAAAUGCAUAGCUUUGAACUUUCAGGCACACCCUCAGUGCGCCGUGAACCCAAAUGCAUUGGGUUUAAUUUUACAUUGCUGCAGUGUCAUAGAAAAAUACAUGUUCCAUGAUGAUUUCUGUGUUAGUGCAGUCUCAAACAGACAGAGGGCUUUGACCGUGUGAUCGUUAUAACAGUGUAUCUCAUUACACCAUCUGCUUGUAUCACAGCGUUCUCAGCCUGCCAGUGCAACAUCUUACUUUAGAGCAGUUGUUUUCUUUUCAGAAAUCGAGUCCCUCUGAUGGAUCAUGUGAUGAUGUGUCAGUCUCGGCACAUCAAGGUGUUGUGUAUCUAAUAGUUUGUUUUUCAUUCUGUGACAGGUGGAAAAACAAAAUGCAGUAAAUGUGGAGAACACACACACACACAAACAAACAAACAAACACAAGCACACAUUUCAAAGUGCAAAAAGAAAGUCAAGAGCUGGGACAUUUUAUUUCAGGUGCCAUAAAGUAAAAGAGCGGGAGCCACUGCUGAUGUUUCUUCCUACCUUGAGUCAUGGACUGGAUGUUUUUGGAUGUACACCUGAGAAGACACCUGAGGCCUCUAUUUUUCUCAGCAUUGUUAAAAUAAAACGAAGACACACAA